AUGGGCAUGAGAUAAGGAUACUUGAUGGGAUUAAAUAUGAAAAAAAGACUGAUCAUUGAUAACGAUCUUUUGCAAAGAGAAUACUUUGAUAUUUAAAUAGAUGCAUACUCAAGUACCAGAUCAAGAACUAUUUAAACAUUUAAGGCUAUGUAAUAAGGCUUGGCAGAUGAGGAUUUAAAGAAUGAUAUUUCAUCUUCAGCAUAUACAUCUAUGAGUCAUUAAAGGAAAUUGAAGUUUGGAAGAUUUAAAAUACCUCUUGUUGAUAGAGCCAAUAGUAGUCUUUAGUAAAUCUAUAAUGAAAAUGAGACAGUUUAAGGAGUCACAUUUAUGAUAGAUAGAUACUUGCAAGGAUUAGUGUUUAUGAAAAGUGCAGGAGAGUAAUUUGAGCAUAAAGCAAAGUUUGACUUCUUUACUUGUGAAAAUAAUAAAUGGAGGCAUAUUGAUAUUAGCAACCCAUCAGCAGAUGCUAAGUAAAAUGACAUGGCAUUUGACUACUUUAUCAAUUUAGGAAUAGUGGAUAAACUAUCAAAGCUAUCUAAUCUAACUAAAGAGGAAAUUUAGCAAAGAGGAUUCAGAUAUCUCUAUGAUUAAAGUUUGUAUUUUACUCAGAUAAAGUAGAGUCAGCCAGAUGCUUAUGCUGUAUUUACCCCAAGAGAGUGGUACUAACUUCAUAAGAUUAUUGCUACGUUUUAAUUUACAACUGUUGAUUUAAAAUCAAGAAACUAUUAUCAAGCUGUCAAUCUCAGGCAUAUUGCUAUUUCAAUGCAAAAUAAAAUAGACUGUUUAUUAUCCCUUUAGACUACGUCAUAAUUUGAUCCUAGAAACAAUAGGGAUUAUUAUAAACCUUGCUUAGUAAAUAUUACAUCUCCUAACUAUGAGCUAUAAUCUUCUCAUGAUAUAAACCUUUUAAUUUUUGCUAAUGCAUUUGGCUUGGAAAUUGGCUAUUGGCAAAUGGAUUUCACAACUUCAGUAAUUAUGGAACUAUAUUAUAAUACUGAGAAAGCACAAUGUGAUUAAUGCUAAGGGGAAGAAUGCUUUGAAAUUAAGAUAUCUAUAGAUAAAGUUUAGUUAUUUAGUGAACUUGGCUUUUGUGAUUUUAAAGAGAAUACAUGCCCUUAUUUGGCAUUCAAAAACUUCGUCUACAAAACUUAUUAUAAAAGUAGACAAGAAUACGAAAACUAGUGUAAAGAGAAAUAUGAUUCAAUUGAAAUAGAAAAUCUCAGGGUUUGGAAUACAUGA